AUGACGUCGUCUUCGGCGGCGGCAGCUGCGGCGGCGGCCGCGUCCUACCAGAGGGUACUGCAGCAGCCGUGGGUGGCGACCCCGGCAGGUGCGGCGUCGGUGGCGCAUGCCGCGGGCGGCAGCAGCACUGGCAAGUUGCGGGCAACUGCGCGUCAUCACCAACACCAACACCAUCACAGCCAUCACCAAGGGGUGCCGCAUUUGCAGCAGUGCAGCUCAGCGGCGGAGCCCGGACCAGAGCACCACGCUGCUCGCCGCGCUGCCUCCACCACCGUGAACGCUCCGUGGGGCCGCGCUCCGAAGAGGGCGAGACACGCACCGGUCCUGCACCAGCAGCAACAACAGCAGCAGCAGCAGCUGCAACCAGUCGUUGCCUCGGCAGCUGAGGAUGUUGCUACCAGUUGGUCACAUCAACAGCUACAACAACAACAACAACAACAACAGCAGCAGCUACAAAACCAUGUGCCACAACAACACCAGAAUCAUCAUCAGGCAAUUACACAUCAACAACAGGCGUGGCUGGCUCAACACCAGCACCAACAACAACAACAGCACCACCAACAACAACAACCCUUGCAACAGCAACCAGUACCAUCAUCCCGCCAACAACCACAAGUGCCAUGCAAAGAAUGCGGAACUGCUUGCAAGGCCUGCCUAGUCCAGCAGCAGCAACACAAUCAACUCCAGCUGCAGCAGCAGCAGCAGCAACAACAACAACAGCAGAAUAACAACAACUUGGCGUGCGUCGGAGAACACUGGGCUGCUAGUGAUGCUGCGGGCUCGUCCUCCUACUACAACCACUGCCGUGGUGCAAGCGAAGACAGCUCUCGCGUCCUCUGGAAUAACGACAACAUGCUGCGCCUAUUCCAGGUGUAG